UUUGCGCAUCAAGUCCUCGGGCAGUCCAAGUGAUGGAGUGCGCAUGCGCACUGUAAAUCACCAAAGCCCUAAUAUCACCGAGGCUUGUUUUUCUAGUACGCAGCAGGCGCUCAACAAUGAUGGAUGGAUGCAUUUGGAAUUCAUAAGGAUGCAAGAAUACAAAUGUACGACUUCAUCCAACGCUAAAGCACAAGGAACGGAAAAGAAAGGAGUGGGUGAUUAUUUCAGCAGGGCCAAAUGUCUUCCAAUAACAGCAUCAUGUCCAAGAAGAUCCGGACGGAGUACAUGAAGAAGUUCAGAGAUCCCAAGUGGCAGACGUUCUCGAAAUGUUACGAGGACUCUGUGAAAUACAGACUGACGCGGAGGCUGAUGGAGCAGACACACAGACCGUUAUUUGGGGACGGAUGGGACAGCGGGUCCGACUCGAGCGGAAGGUCCAGUCCCAAACUGCAAGACGGGAAUGUCUCGAAUGCCAAACACUACACAUCCCCAUCAGAGUCCAAGAACGAGAACGCAGAGGUUCCGAGCUCCUGGAAGCCACAGGUGAAUGGAGAAGUUCACACAGAUACGAGUGCAACCGUGGAAAGCUCACUUCGCUUGGAGAAUGGUUAUAAAGAUGUGACUCCUAACAGACCAUCAGAAUCUAAUCCAAAACGGCGACAGAGACAGCGGGCGCCCCGUUCAGAGCCGUGCUACCCUAAUAAAGAGCUGGAUAGUGAUGAAUCUCAGCUAUCUGUAUCAAGAAAACCAUCCAGGGCCAAGAGCCAACCACCGGGCAACACCAAGGAGCGGACGUCCAACCGUGAGAACAGACGGUCUUUUAUCCAUUAUGACUGGGCAGAAAGGCACAUUGAGACCAGGGACAGAAGGACACCAAAUAUGAGAACGUCUAUGUCCGCUGGAGAGAUACAUCGGGCCGACGUGGGCGUCCAGACACGAAGAGAGGCUAAAAAAGAUGGAAGAUCAUUAGAGCGCCGGCGGGCGAGGUCCGCUGACCCGGAGAAGUCCCGAAGAUCAGCACUGAGUGUGGCGGACGAGCGCUGGAUGACCGAGUACAUGCGCUGCUUCUCUGCUCGACUGAGGUAGAGGCUGAUCCAGGACCAGUUAAUGUCACUGGAUUUGAUACGAGGAGGCCGCAAGAAAAAGAUCCCAAACCAGCACUACAGAAGAGUUUGAUGCCACUGAACAACUGACAACAAAAACUGAACAAAAAGUUACACGCACUCCUUUAAAUUCAAUACGAUAUACCGAAGUUCUUUAUGAAAUAUUAAAAUACUUCAUAUUUUUUGAUGCUGGUUACAAUCGCUUUCUCAUGAAUGCAUUUAAGGACCAAACAUUGAACUACUACACCAAAACACAUUUGGUAUCACAAAUACUUUGUUUUUAAUUUGUUUCUAAUUAUUUAUUGGCAUUUAAUGAACAUUUUAUUUCCAGAUCUUCUGUCAUGAUUUUUAACAUGGGCUGCAGGGAUUUAAUGAUCAAAUUACAUUUUUGAGUGGACCAAGCAUUUCAUGUAAAGAUGGGUGAUUUGUUUCUGACUCGGAUGAUUGUUGAUUCUGAACCUUCCAGAAU